AAGCUUGACAUUGACAGUUCAACAUGCUUCGUUCUGCCAGGUGGUGUUUGGUGCAGAAUGCAUGACUGUGUACCUCGGCAGAAGCCAAGAGACUUUGGGAGCCAGCAGCAAUAUGGUUGUCAUGGUUGUCUUUUCAUGGUACUUCUGGCCGAGAUAUCUCAAGAGGCAAGGUCACUCUCUGCUCGCAUCACUGGCAUGUGGCAUGUGGCAUGUGCGCUCAGGCACAUGCGCUGAAGCAAUGAGUGCGAAGACCCUGCGUGGUUUGACAUGUGUUCAAGGGCCAAGCAAUUCGUCGUACGCAGAGGCUUCGAAUGAAAGCAUUUGGACGUUGCGGAUGUAGGUUGAGGUAUUCUUUGCACACAUUGGAUUCAAGCCAAAGCACGUCUUGUAGAGGAAGCCGUGUAUGAAAGCCUGUCGAGAGUAGGAAAAGAUG